AUGAACAACCAACUGAGCCUUCAGAACAUGCAACGUCAUUUCUCUGAUACUGCUUACUUACCUCAGGUAUCUUCGAGAUUGAAUCCCAACCCUAAUGUGAUCACGAGACCGUCAAGGGGAUUACCAGUGGGUACAGUCCAACAGAGAGGGACUAUGUCGAUGCCUACUUCGCCGAUAAUGAAGAAGAUGGUUAUUCAGCCGACGACCAGUCCGGCAAUUGAUCGGGGUCAAGAGAUAUGGGAUUCUCCACAAACCGCUCAAGCGUUCUUCUCGUCUCUGUAUCAACAACAACAGCAACAGCAAUCACAGCAACAGAACAAUCCUCAUCCUGGACAGACCAACAACCAAGCUCAAUCUCAGGAUCAGAUCCAGCUGCAAAAUCAAGAUCAGACACCAAACUCAGGUUUCAACCAUCAUGUCUCACCUAUGGAUCUCAAAUCGUCUUCUUCAGGGUAUUACGACACCUCUAGCCAGCCGCCUACGACAAGUUCCUUGCAGUACAUCUCACCUCAGUCUACUCGGUUUCAGACCCAACCACCUAAUACUGGAUCAGGAAUGGGUUUAGGGAUAGGAAUGGAUAUCGCUUCACCAUUUAUCAACCAUGCAGGCUUUUCCAAUCAGGCACCAUCACCUACCAUCAAUAACCAAGUCCAGCAAGAUGAAGGUGAAGAUCAUGAUAUGGAUUUCGGUGCUGGCACUGGCACUGGUGCUGAUACUGGUACUGGAGGUAGGAAGAAGAGGAUUCAAGUUAGGAUAGCGUGUACACAUUGUCAAAAAGCUUGUAAGAAAUGCUCAAAUACCAGACCUUGCGAACGAUGUGUCAAAUAUGGUUUGACGGACUGCGUGGACUCGACUCGUAAAUCCAGGAAGACGGGUAUCAAGAGGGGUCCAUACAAGAGGCGUUCCUCGAAAUACUCAGCUACGGGACACCCACAUCCUCUCUCAGGUGAUGGCGGUGGUGGUGAUUCGCCAAAGACAAAGAUGAACAUCCCUCCACACCAAUUCCCAAACCAGACUUUGAACUCCAAUCCAAUCUCGAAUCAUUCACAUAUCCAACCAGGAUUUCAUCUAUCUAAAAUCAAUCAUACUCGAGCUAACUUCUCUCAUCUACCCCAUACCCAUACUGAACACCAAUCGACCUCUACGGCUGCUAACGACAACCUACAAUCUCCUCAACCUAAUCCGAGUCCACUAUAUCAUCAAGCAUCUUCUACCCUAUCUCAAUCCAUAACCUACCCACCGUUCCCCAAACCUACUCUAACUGCUUCGAAUAACCUCGUAGCGGCCAUAUCCAAUGCACUAUCUCUACCUCAACAAUCCCAAUGGCUUGACGGUCAACGUCUACCAUUGAAUGCAAACACAAACACCAACGUAAAUGAUGUACAGGAAGAGGAGAACGAGAACGAGAACGGGAAGACCAGUCCUCUAUAUCCCAAAACCCCUGUUGGGGUAUUCCCAUUUUCAUUAGUAGGCGGAAGAGAGGAUCCUUUCUCCAGGGCUGUUAGUCCCAUCAAACAGUUUGAAUUUGAUUUCGAUUUCGGCAAUACCAACGAUAAUGGAACAGAUAAUAGGAAUGGGUUGACUGGGGUUAGAGAAGAAAUGGAGGGUGUAGAAGAAAAUUCAUCGAGAUCAAUAUCGACAUCUGUACCUUCGACAUUACCCUUACCGAAUAUCACUGCCAACCAAAGUACUAAUGGGACUAGUACAAAUACCAAGAGUCUACGUGUGAACUCACAACCUAUGAUCGAUUCUCGUCUUCCUAUGGACCUCAAGACAGGUGCAUAUACACCUUUCGUACUUCCAAGUAAAAUUCGCAAACCAUCUUUGAGGACCCUGAUGUCGACAACUACAUCAAGAGCUCCUUCGCCUACAGCCCCAAUUCAGACACAGGGUACAUCAAACCCGCUGUACAACAUCGAUAUAGAAGUACCGAGUCCGACAUUGUUUACUGCUUGCGCGGAUGACAGUGGCAUGCUAUUGGACGUAGAUGAUAUAGAAGGCUGGAAUACCCCUUGGCCAGGUAAAAGUGAAGAUGGAGGCGUAGAAGGGGAUGAUGGGAUUAGGAAUGACGAUGGAGGUGAGAAUGGAUUGUUCGAAGGUAUCAUGGGCUUACAUUGA